AGUUCUGCUUAGCAACACUCAGCUAUACCCCUCAAGACACAACGACAUUCAUGCGUUAAAAAGACGAAACGCUGCACUGCAUCGGCUUAGUUGCAAAACUAGUCUUGUGCAUUGGCUGCUGCUUGGAUUAACCUCGGUUUCCACAUGAAUUCUCGGGGGGAUCGAGGUGAGCACUCUCCCCGACUGGAGGCUGUGAUUCAGAAACUAGAGGAAUCCCUGCUGAACCCAGACAGCAGUGCUGAAGAAAAGACCCUCACUGUCCGUGGAGACGAUGUGGAUUCCACAGCCACACCAGUUCCUGCCCGCAUCCGGCAGAUCAUCACCCGAAACCUGGCUGAAGGGCCUGCAGUGUCCGUUGCUGCUGUGACUGCUGGUGACGAGCAGAGUGUGCAGGAAGAGCAGCAGUGCCUGAAGGCUCUGCUUUCACAGACUCGUCUGGACAGAGACCAACUGGUCAACAAACAGACCGCUCUGACCAGCAGGCUAGAACAGAUGCUGGCAGGACAGUCUGGAGACUCAGAUCAGGAGAGUGUGUAUGGCGGUGAGCAGCAGAGGCUGCGGGAUGAGAACCGGGCGUACAGGCUCAAGCUGCAGGCCUUCCAGGACAGCCAGCAUAGACAGGCCCAGCUGGUACACAAACUACAGGCCAAGGUUCUUCAAUAUAAGAAGAGAUGUGGAGAGCUGGAGCAGCAGGUACUGGAGAAGACUUCAGAGUUGGAGAAACUGCGUCUGUCACUGCAAUCUCACCUGGACUCCUCUGCACAUCGGCUCCAGCUUUCAGAGCAGGAGCACAGCCUGGAUACCCAGAGCAAACUUGCCCAACUGGAAGAGGAGAGGAGGAGGUGCUCCGGCCUGAGCAAGGUCAACGCGCUGCUCCGAGAACAACUGGAGCAGGCCAACGAAGCCAACCAGGCUCUUGCAGAGAGCCUCCACAAGGCCCAGGAGGAGGCAGAGCAGAGAGACACGCGACUGAGGAGGGAACAGGAGAUGAAUGCCUCUAGGCUUGGCCAUGAGCAGGCUCGUGUCAGAGCCCUUUGGCGCCAGGCCGCUUCACUGCGCAGCACCUUUACCCAGCUCAGGGCCUUUGCUGACAGGAGUCUGGCUGACAUGCGUGGAGAGUGUGUGGCUGCUAGCCGACGACUGCAUACAGCCUGCAUGAAUCUGCAGACUGGCACGAGUGAGCACAGUGCCCCUGCUGGCCUGGAGGUCUCAGCGCUGGAGAGGCAGCUGAGAGACAAACUGAGGGAAGCCAUGCAGCUUCAGGGCCGCUUCGAUGCAGAGAAAGUGGAGCUCAACUCCAGAAUCCUGGAACUGACAGACAUGGUGAAACAUCUAAGAGCUCAGAACAGUGAGAAAGAGAGCACUCUGGCAGCCUUGCAGAACUGUCUGGACAGGAUGGAAGUGAGUCAGGCUGAAGACAGAGCUGAGAAGGAUACCUUAUGUAGUGAGAUUAGCAGCCUGCAGCAGAUUCUUCACAGCAUCUGCCAGGCUGUCCAUGAAGAUGGGGGCAGUAGCAGCUCAGACAGCCCAGCUGAAGAGCUGCCCUCUCCAGUUCUUCCUGCCUCCUCUCUCAGUCUUUCAUCUCCUCAGCGUGAUAGCAUUCUGCUAGUUGUACGAAGGGCUCUGUCCCAGCGACAGGCACAAAUUCAGGGGUUACAAGUGCGCCUGGAGGCCACGCUGGAGCAGGCUACCACACUGCGGGAUCAGCUGCAGGAAGAAGAGGCCGAACGCAAGCAGCUGGAACAGAGGAUACAGCAACUGCAGCAGAAGCACCAUUGUGCCGAGAAGGCCGAGGAGGAGAGCAGCAGAGAUGCCCAGAGAUACCGUACCUCGCUGGGCAUCAUCACCAGUGAGAAAGAUGAGCUGAAAAAACAGCUUUCUGCCCUGCAACACCAGCUGGACCAUGAGCAUGCAGAGUUGGAGCGUCUGCGCAGCUCCUCUCUGGACAUCCAGAGGCAGAGGGACCUCCUCCGGCAGCAGAGGGAGGACUUAGAGCGGCAGCUGGCUCGGGAGCGCUCCGAGGCCGAGAAGGGACACAGGACUAUUGAACAACUGGAGGCCAAACACUCAGAUGUGCGUAAAGAGCUGGUUACAGUAAAGGAGGCCCUGAGUCAGCUCACACUACAGAAAGACGUUCUAGAGGAUGAGAACAGCAGCCUUGCAAAGGCUCUCUCUAAGGCAGAGGCCCAGAAUUCAGAGCAGGAGUUGGCGCUCACCAAACUACAGAGCGAGGAGGCAGGACUCAGAGACUCCUUCGCCAAAAUGGCCGCCCUGAGUGAAGGACUGGCUAAAGACAAGGUGGAGCUGAAUCGUUUGCUGCUACAGGUGGAGGCGGAGAAGGUGGAGCUUAGCGAGCGAAAACGAGAGACGGAGCUUGAGCGGGUGGCUGCCAGGGAGGAGCUUGCCCACAUGCAGCAGGAGCUGAUGGAUGUUAGUGCUGAAAAGCGAGCUCUGGAGGCCUCACAUGUGCUCCUCCAGGAGGCCCGCGCGAGCCUGGACACAGAGCUGACCAUGGUGCAGAGGGAGAAGAGCUCAGCUCUGGAGCAGCUGGCCCAGGUGAGUAAGCAGAAGCAGGGAGCGCUGGAGCAGCUGAGUGUUUGUCAGAGAGAAGCCGAGCUCCAGGCUGCCUCGCUGCAGCGGACAGGCAGAGAGAGAGAGGAGCUGGCCAAGGACAAGGCCAGUCUCGCUGUCCAGCUCACCACAGAACAGCGAAAAGCCAAAGCGCUGGCCCAGGAGCUGGCCGCUCUUCGUGCGGAGUGGGAGUCCCUGGAGUCUGCUGUAUUCGAUGGGCAGGAGCAGAUCUCGUCGCUGGAGGCAGAUCGUGCCCGGCUGGAGGGAGAGAGAGGCAGCCUUCAGCAGGCUAAUGAGGCUCUGACACGUGAGGUGUCUCGUGUCCAGAGUGAGCUGGUGCAACAGGUGUCCCUGGCUCUUCAGGAGAGACAGGCUCUAGAGCUGAAGCUAGCCCAGGCUGAGAGAAAUGCCCAGCGAUCGCUCACUGCUGCUCAGCAGAGCCAUCAGGAGCAGUUGGAAGCUGAGCGCAAAGACAAGGAGUGUGUGAGGCUGGCGCUGACUGCGCAGCGGGAGCAGGCUGAAGAGCAGCUGCGUGCGGAUUGUGAGGAGCUGCGGGUGCGCAGCCGCACUGAGCUUCAGCAGCUGCAGGAUGAGCUGGCCAAAGUGCAGCAGGACGGCAAAGACAGCCUGCUGCAGGCUGAGGGCCACAAACAGCAGGCACUUUCAGAGAAGGAGGCAGAAAAGACAGCUCUGAACGAACGCAUUCUCACAUUGCAAAGAGAAAUGGAGAUGAGUGCCCUGGAGACAGAGCGCAUGCGCAGAGACUUCAUGAGCAAACAGGAACAGGACAAGGAUACAGUGGCUAGCCUGCAGACAGAGCUACAGCAGCUGCGCUCGUGCUUUGAGGAGUCUCUGAGCUCCAGGGAGAUUUCAGAGAAGAGACUAAACGAGCAGAUCAGAGAGCUCUCUCUGCAAAGGCACGGAACGCAGCAGGAGGUGGAGUGUUUGCGGAGGGCUCUGGCUGAGGUGGAGGAGAGUAGAGAUGCUGUGAGGAGAGAGCUGAUCGAAGCUCAUCGUGAGCUGCGAGACUGUGUUCAGGAGAAGGAGGCCCAGCGGAGGGAGAGCCUGGAGCUGAGGAGAGCACUUGGGGACGAGAGCAGGGAAAGAGAGGCCAUCCACACCUCCAACCAAGAGCUCAGAGCUGCUGUGAAGAGAGCUGAGAGCGACAAUAACAGUCUGAAGCGAUCUCUGGAGGACAGGGAGCAGAGGCUGGUAGUGUUAGAGGAGUGCAAGUCCUCCCUUCAGCAGGAGACACAGAAAUUGAGAAACAGCAUACGUGAGCUGGAGAAAUCUCACCUGCAGGCACGCAGAGAACUGCAGGAACUGCGUAGAAAGAUAAAGACUCUGGAAGGCCAGUGUGCCCAGCGUGAGCAGGAGCUGAGUGAGCUUCAGACUCGUCUGGCUCAGGAGGAGCAGAGAGAGGAGGAGGGGAGGAAAGAAACCUUUAACCUCAAACAGAGAGUGUUGGAGAGUGAUGCCGGCAGAGAGGCUGCACUGAAGGAGGUGGCCGGUCUGCAGCGGCGUGUGGCUGAGCUAGAGGAGGCCCAACGCUUGGAGAAGGAGUCCCAGCAGCAGCGAGAUGCCAGUCUGCAGGAGAGCCAGCGGCGGCAGCGCGAGGAGACUUCCCAGCUGGAGGUGGCCCUGCAAGAGGUGCAGGCUGAGCUGAGGGAGCAGAGUGUGGAGCUGAAGCUGGCAGAGGGCCGAGGGCAGAGCCUAGAGGAGCAGCUGGCUCAGGCUGAUGCCUCCCGCACUGACCUGGAGCACAGGCUGAGUGGCCUGACCUCUGCCCUUAGGCGCACGCUGGGAAUCGGGUAUAGAGCAAGGUCAUCCACACCCGGGCCAAGAGCCAGAAGGCCGUCACCAUGGAGAAAUCGCUCCCUUGAGAAAGGAGGUGAGUGUGUAUCUGGUGGGCCGAUAGAAGGGGUGCAGGCCCGCUGUGUGUCCCCAACUCAUGGAGAAGAGGGACAGAUAGAUGUGGACUCAGUGCAGGCGGCACUUCGCAGCUUUCAGCAGGAUCUUAAAGAUGCACAAAGAGAGCGAGAUGAGGCCCAAACACAGGUGCUGAGUCUGAGAAGGCAGCUCACAGAGCAACAGGCUGGUCAAGAAAAGAGCAAUGCACAGGCACAGCAGCUAAAACACUCUCUCAAAGAUCUGGAGCAGGGGAAGCGUGAUUUGGCAGAGCAAUUAGAGGGGGCUCAGGCUUCCCUCUCUUUGCAGGAGGAAGCGCUUCAGCGUGGAGACAGAGAGAAGAGAAAGAUGGAAGAGGAGCUGUCCAGGCUGAAGAACAGCCUGCAGGCAGCCGAGGCUAAUGCCAGAACGCUACAAGAGAGCCUCCAGCGUGUGGAGGAGUCAGAGGCUGGUCUCGGUGUGGAGUGCAGGAGGCUGAAGGAGUGCUGGGAGACAGCAGAGGCUCGAGCCUCCAGGCUGGAGCUGAGCCAGUGUACUCUGGAGGGAGAGCUGCAGCGCUCCCAAAUCCGGACAGCCGAACUAGAGGGGGAGCUGACGUCUCUGCAGGAGAGAGUGACCAGCCUGCGGAGGGAGCUGGGGGAGAGUGAAGAGUGCACUGCACUGCUGAAGGUGGAAAGUGAACGGUCAGCGACAGCUCUGGCCCGUGCAGAUCUACAGGAAGCUCAGCUGCGUGAGAAACUGCAGAGCAUGGCAACAGCACUAAGGGACAGCAAGAGCAGUGCAGGAGUGGCACAAGAGCAGGCCACCCAGCUUCAGAACACACUCACUGCAAGUGAGCAGGAGCGCAAGACACUACAGGAGCAUCUGGAGAAGGCACGGGAAGCUCUCUCAGACAGUAAGAAGCAGAACCUACUUCUGAGUGACAGACUGCAGAGCCUGCAGAGGAGUCAUGAGGAAUCAGAGCUCAGAGUGUCCGAACUGGACAAACACACACGCAGCCUGCAGGAGGCUCUGCGGCAGAGUGAGCACGCUGCUGAGGAAGCUCGGGACAGCUGCACUUUGCUGCAUAAGGACAGAGCAGAGCUACAGAAGCAUGUGACCACUCUGCAGAACUCACUUCACAGCCUGCAGGACGACAGGACACAGUUGGACAAGAUACUGGCCCGUCUCGGAAAAGAUAAGGCGGCGCUCAAACGUACACUGCAGAAGGUGGAGCAGGAGCGUCGGAGGCAGGAGGAGGAGGCUGUGUGUGCUGGUCGUCAGAAGGAGCAGCUGGAACAGACAGUGUGCAGUCUGGAGCAGGAACUGAGUGAGACGCACUCAGAAACACACACCCUAAAGUCCCAGCUCGCCCACCUAGAGCAGGCUCACUCACAGCGCCUCCUGGAGGUGACUGCCCGCCACAGGCAGGAGCUGGAGCUGGAAACUGAGCGGCUGCGGGGGUCCCAGCAGCAGGCUGAGAGAGCGCUGGAGGCACGGGAGAAAGCCCAUCGACAGAGGGUCCGUUGCUUGGAGGAACAGGUGUGUACACUGAAAGAGCAGCUGGAGCAGGAGAUGCGGCGGAGGCAGACGUACAUGAACCAGAUGCUGAAGCCUGGGCUCUGAGCAUCCCUGCGAUCUGGCCAGCUGUGGCUGACCCCAAGUCCUGGGACAGGGGGAACAGAGCAAAGCCCCUGAGUGUCAGCACACACUCCCACUGCUGUUCACCCCUGGAGCCAGGCCAGCACAGCUCACAGUGGCCAUUCAGAUGGACUUCUGCACAAUAAGCAGUUUUUAACAUACAUACACACACACACACACACAUACACACUCACACACACACACACACACACACACACACAGAGGUUUGUUUUUAUAUCUUAUCAGGACAUGAUGUCAUACAUGUGCCUUAUAUGUGUAGUAUAUAUUUAACUACCUACAUAUAAUUAGAAUUUUCUAAUUCCAACCCUUAAUGGAAACCCAACCUUAACUUCGGUAACCAAAAAGAAAUUAUUUUGCCCUUUCAGUUUUAAAAUAUGCAAUAUGUACAGUGCUGUGCAAAAGACAGAG